AGCGCUGCUAGGGCCUCCAGCCUGUGCCUGAAGUGUCCAAAUGGAAGAUCGUUGGGCGAACUGCAACCAGGCUCCAGAAACUCUUUCUCAGCCUCCUACGUCUUAGGGGUGGAUGGAGUGCGCCUUGUCGAUCAUCCCGGCUCGGCGGCCAACAAGGUUGUGAAGGGAAAGAGAGGUAUAUAACGAGACAAGAAACCCUUCUUUGCGAGUUGAAAGAAAGAGGGGAACAGAAAACCCUUUCGCAGGAGGACUCCCGUUCUUCCUGAGGUAAAUCUACUCUUUGAGACAGGCCCAUCUACACACUUCGUUCAAGGUCCUGGGCAAAAUGGAUUCGAAGCUCGAUGUCCCCCACUCUCAACGGCAGGACGAAUCCGACGUCUCUGAGGACUAUGACGUCCCCCCACCUGCGUAUCGCAGGAACUCGGAGUCUUCCACGGAACGCUCUCUGUACGACGAGAAGGACCAGGCGCUGUUCGCAGGUGGUCCAGCGAGCUCGGCCAGCCACGUCCGGGAAUACGGAUGGUAUCACCCUAAGGUCCUGACGCGGGGGCUGGUCAUCACGGAUGCCGCGGCAUCGACGCCCACGAGCAAAGCGCCGCUGUACUACGUCGAGGUGUCCGAGUUCGCGCUCAAGAAGCCCGAUGUGAUCCUACACGCGCUGCCGCCGACCAUGGGCACGACCAACGACCUCGAGCACCUGGCCAACACGGGCGAAUCGGCGCCCAUGGCCGGGGUCGCGCACUUCCCCAAGUUCUCGCGCCACAUCAAGGUCGGUCUGGGCGACCCGUCCUCCGGCACCGAGGCCAUGACCUACGUCGAGGUGCGCAACGCCAACCUGGUGACCCACGGCGAGUACCACAUGUCGCUGGACGGGCGGUCCUACGCAUGGAAGCGCACGCACGCGGCCUCGGCGGGCGUCGAGGGCGGCAGCGCCACUCGCAUGAUGCACUGGGAGAGCUUCCAGCUCGUCGACAUGGGCACCAACGAGGUCGUCGCGGUGUUCUUGGACAACAAGUUCAAGAGCUGGAAGAAGAAGGGCAAGUUGCGCAUCUUCAGGGACUUUGAAACAGCCCGGGCAGACCAACCGGAGGAAACCCAGCGGCUCAAAUUGCUCAUCUUCGUGAGCAUUGCGGCGAUCCUGGAGAAGGCUCGCCGGAGGGCGAAUAGGAGACGCAAUAACGGCGGCGGCGGCGGCGGUGGUGGUCCAUGAAGGAGGUAGAGACGACUAGAUUCAAUGGUGUAUCGUGAGAGCCCUAGUGUUGAUGUGGGAGGGAUGUAAAGCAUAAACAUUCAUUCAGGUCGAGAUAUGCUACGAGAGACAAAGCAGAGCAUUAAAGGCAUUCGCUCCAGCCUGGUAGAUAGGUAUACAAACCUGCGCUACAAGAGAGAUUCAUCGCUAGUAUUGCAGCCAGAGUAUAGAAACACUACAGUCUAGC